AUGCGCGUUUCACUCACCACCGUGCUCACUGCAGCUCUGGGCCUCGCGUCCUCGAGCGACGCGUUGAAGAUCCUCAUGGGCAAUGACGAUGGUUUCGGAAGUGGUAACCUGCGCGAGCUGUACAAGCUGCUUGUGGACGCAGGCCAUGAAGUCCUCGUAGUCGCACCCGCACAGCAACAGUCCGGCAAAGGCGGAACCGUCAUCUGGGCCGAAUCUGCAAACCUCACUGUCGCCUCACAAUACGACAUCGUUCCUGCUGGAUCUCCGUCUGUCGGUCGCGACCCCGACGAUGAGCACAUCUUCUAUUACGACGGAACACCAGCAGCAUGCACCUUCGUCGCGCUCGACUACGUGCUACCUCGCUACUACCCCGAGUGGCACCAGACCGCAGACCUCUUCAUCGCAGGUCCCAACUUCGGCACCAAUCUCGGCGCCUUCGUCAUGGGCCUGAGCGGGACCGUAGGCGCCACUUUCGCCGCCGUGUCGAGAAGCAUCCCGGGCAUCGCGGUCAGUGCGAGCAACAAAGCGGUCCCCUUCUUCAACGUCACGAGCGCAACCCACCCCGCUGCGCUGGCGGCCAAGGUCUCGUUCGAAGUCGUCAACGAGUUCAUCACCAACACUCCUCCGGGCCAGGCCGUCCUGCCUUUGGGCUACGGCGUCAACGUCAACAUUCCCGAGCUUGUGAACGGCACAACGCCGCCCAUCGUCAAAACCAGACUGACGGGCAACGCGAACACGGAUGUUGCCGUGUACAACGAGACGACGGGGCUGUUUGACUGGGACAACGUCGAUCCCGUCGCGGCAGGUAUCAAUGCUGCGUACAACGGCGAUACGAGCUUGCCUGGCGAGACUUGGGUCGUUGCUGGUGGCAGUGUCAGUGUGAGUGUCUUCACCAUGGAUUUCGAUGCGCCGAGCACAAAGUACACUGAUUGGGUGUUCGGUAAGGUGGAGAAUUUGUUCAGUGGAAGCGCGAAUGAGACGGGGUACAGCAAGAGAAUGGUCGAGGAGCGCAUGAGAAAAAGAGGUGUGAUGAUGAGUGGAAGAGACGCGUUGUAG